AUGCCGCUGGUGCUGUCAAGCCCCAGUCCCGCGCGCUGGUUGGAGCCCAGGAGCACCAUUUCCAUCGCUGACUGCCGGGGCCUGGGCGUCGCCGCCCUGGCCAGAAGCGCGGCGGGCCCGGUUCCCGGGGGAGCAGGAGGUUCUUGGUGGAUAGCGAAGGUGCUCGGGCUUCCAGCGCCACGCUGCACUGGUUGGGUGGUCGCCCAGACGCUGUGCGAGUUCGGGAACGAGCAGUCGGUCACAGAGGCCACUGGGUGGCCAACGUUUGCUACCCGAGCGGAUGCGGCUGGUUUGGGGCGCCUCGUGUCUGCGCCUCCUCCACCAAGACAGGCCGCGGCAGUCGUUGCAUCCGCAGAUUCCAGCGUCGGCGCACUGCUAGAUGAAAUGGGCCAGAGGAGCAUGAUCGCUGCCAUUGGCCGGUCCUUGCCGUCAUACUCAGCAGGUAUCCGGUAUUGGGCGGCCUUCAUGGACGCAUUGCGGCGGGGCCGACACUUUCCCGCAAGCGAGUCAGAUGCCAUUCGGUAUCGUUCGCUUUUCCGGCAGCCGACCACGCUCAAGAGCUACAUGACUCAUUGGCGGUGGGCCCACCGUUUUCUUCAAUUGAACGACGACUGGUACACCGAGUCCUUGCGGCAGGUCAUGAGGGGCCAGAGGACAAUGGCUGGGCCGCCGCGUCAGAAGCUGGCCUUGCAGGCGCAGCAGGUUCGGCAAUUGGUUGCCCACGCAGAAGCCCGCAAGGACUUUGAACAAGCGGCGCCGUGCGCGGUUGGCCGAACCCGGAUCUUUACGCGGUCGGCAGAGCAGUUCGUCAAGCGUCUCCGCCAAGACGCCGUUGAAGUUGUCCUCCCAGACCCUGAGAGGUUGGGCUCUCAUUCGCUCAGGCGGGGAAUGGCCGGGGACAUUGUGGACGGCGGCGGUAGCCUCGCGAACCUGCUUCGGGCCGGGGACUGGACGAGUUCAGCUUUCGUCCAGUAUCUCAGCAAGAAUCAGGUGGAAGAACUGGCGGCGCUGUCGUGA